UCUCUCGUUCUCUCUGACUUUUGUUAUAUGGUAAAAAAAUUUGUAUUUUCAUGUUGUAUUAUACAGUACUCACAGUGGCCCGGUAAAAGACUUUGGCAUUACCAUGUUUUCUCACUAAAAAGCUAGUUGCAAGUUUAAUGUCCGGAAGUUAACUUUUAUUACUGCUGUUAAGUGCUGCAUAUUUUGUUGAUUUUUUUUACAUUUAUCGAACAUUGCUGUAUAAAGCAACGAAUUAAAUAUUAAAAACCGUUAUACAUAGUGUGUGCGUGCAACAAUGUGAAAUGUUUAGAAGAAAAACUGAAAAUGAGUAAAAUUCUAAUUUUCAAUUCAUCGCAACAAACUACAUAGAACCAAUGGUGUUCGUUACAAACACGAUAAUGAUGAAUUCAAAUGUUUUGAACGCGAAACGCCCGGGAAUUUAAUUGAUAUUGAUCAGAAAACAAAUCCACAUUUUCUUAAUAGAUAUGUCACUUUGGACGACUGAAUUAAUAGUUUCAACUGUAAUUUUUCUAUUGCUAAGUAUCUCAGUCAUGUCUGACGUUCGCACAAUUUGCCGCACCGUACCUGGUCUCACCAAAGAACAAUUAGAACUAUGCUAUCGAGCUAAUGAUGUAACAUCAGCCGCAAUUGAUGGAUUAGAACUGGCGGUAAAGGAAUGUCAACUACAGUUUCAGUGGCAUCGAUGGAAUUGCUCGUCUUUAAGUUCUAAAAAGAAAAAUCCUCACACAUCCAAUCUAUUGAAAAAAGGCUAUAGAGAAAGUGCUUUCGCUUUCGCAGUGUCAUCAGCCGGUGUGGCCUACAAUAUUGCCAGAGCGUGCAGUCAGGGAAAAUUAGUAUCAUGUGGUUGUGAUCCGAGUGUAAAUCGCAAAAGUUUAACGAAAUCAUUGAAGGAAAGCAUGCAAAAGGACAAAACAUUCUAUCUUGACUCGACGUCGUACCAGAAGUUGAAUGACAGCGCACAAAAGAAAUUGCAGCGUAUUCGAACGACGAGUCGAUGGAAAUGGGGAGGGUGUUCUCACAAUCUGAAUUUCGGGAUAGAGUUUUCGGAAUUGUUUUUGGAUUCGAGGGAAAAAGCCGGCGAUAUUCAAUCAAAAAUUAAUUUACAUAACAAUCAUGCUGGGCGAAUGGCAGUCGCGAACAAUAUGCAAAUCCGUUGCAAAUGUCAUGGUAUGUCUGGAAGUUGUCAACUAAAAACGUGUUGGAAAUCAGCACCGGAUUUUCGUGUCGUUGGCAAAGUGUUGAAGCAGCUAUUUCGGAAAGCCGUUCUAGUUGAUCAAUCGAACAUGGGCAAUGGCUCUCCAAUAAUCAUUUCCAAAGGAUCCCACAAAAAACAUAAAUCGAGGAACGUGGGACGCUUACCGAGAAAGAUACGCAAGCACAAAAAGGUUGGGGAUUUACAGAAAAUGGAAAAUUCAUUGUUCUACUAUCAAAGGUCCCCAAAUUUUUGCGACAAAGAUCCCAGCUCAGACAUUCAAGGAACAAUUGGUCGAAGAUGCAAUCGAACUGGUAUAGGAAGCGGAAGUUGUGCAUCGAUGUGCUGUGGUCGUGGAUACAAUUUGAUGAAAGAACGACGAGUUGAACGAUGCAACUGUAAAUUUCAUUGGUGCUGUUAUGUUGAAUGUGAAGUUUGUGAAAUCGAGGAAUGGAUCAGCGUCUGCAACUGAAUUUUAGCCAUAUUACGUAGUACCAGUACCUAAGUGAUUAGUAUACGUUUAGCAAUUAUAAUUUAUCAACUGGAAACGAAGAGCUUAACGAAUCAGUAUUAUGAAUGUAAAAGUUUACACUUAAUGUAUUUAGAUAAAUUAGAAAUAAAAGUGUAAUGAGACUA